AUGACUGGGGAGGAUAUCUGGGUGCGUGCGGUGCCCAGUGGCGGGUCGAGGGACAUGAUUGCCGAAAAUUCUGUCAGGGGUGGCCCAGGACACUGGGGGCGGCAGUUAUUUGUGGAGUUGCCGCUUAAUGUGCAGCGAAGUGAGUUUGCGAGGGGGGAGCUUGGGAAAAAUGGUUCCAGUUGUUGUUGCAUUCCAAGGGCUCCGGCUAAGUCUUCACGGCAGGAACCACUGUGGCAGGCCACGUGGUUGACGUCACCGUACUGUGUAUUGAGGGCGAAUGGCGUGCAGGAUGACUUCUACUCUUCUUGCCUUUCGUGGGGAAGGGAAAACAUUGGAUUGGCCUUACGAGAUGAGGUGCUUCUUUUUCAGCCGUCACGCCCCCCUGUGCGCCCGGCUGUGCUGAACUGUAAGAACCGCGACCGUGGCCUGGUUUCUAGAGUGACUUCUGUAGCUGUGAGCCGUUUUUCUGACCACUCUUGCUUUCUUGGGGAGCUGGAUGGUUCUGUUGGUGUGUACGCAUCACGUGGUGACGGUCUAUUGGCUCGGACGAGUUUGUUCUCAAAGCCACUUCCCCCACUUGAAAAUACGCCACUUUCUGGUGAAGCGGCAAUGGCUGCUACGGCGAGUGUACGGUGUUUAUCAACAACAGACGCCCACCCUUGGUUGGUGGCAGCUGGUACAGCUAUGCAGGGUCUUUUUAUUUUCGACAGUCGCUGCUCAACACCUGCUGCGCAAAUGGUGGGAUGUGAUACAUUACUUGCUCUUGAUCGCAAGAGGCCAAGGCUACCUCUGACUCCUGAGGAUUGCAUUUCGUUACUUUCUUCUGCUGAGGGAAUAUGUGGAGUAUCCUGGAAUGCAUCGGGUUCGCUUGUGGCCACAGGUGGAGGUGGCGGGGUUGUGAACAUAUGGUCUCUCUCACACACACGCGCCCCUGUGCAACAGAUUAGGCUUCCUAACGCACAUGCAACUGUCAAAGCGGUCGCAUUUCACCCCACACUCCCGUACGAACUUGCUGUGGGUGGGGGUAGAAAUGACGGCGUGUUGAGGUUGUAUGAUGUGUCAUCCUCCGUAUCAAAGCUUGCAUGGUGUGUUUCUACUGGCUGCCAGGUGACACAGGCGCUGUACUCCCCAGAUGGUGCGUUUAUUAUUUCUGCCCAGGGUGAUCGACACGCUAAACCAUCUACGGCUAUGAAUCCUGUUGAUGGUGGCGCGCGGCCUCUGGCAUUACACACGCCUUAUUCCAUGGGAACUGCUGGAGACACGCAUCGGUGGAGCAUGAAUCCACUGGAGCGUCUGACGGUGGAGUUUGAGCGCGGCAUGGCCGGUAAUAGUCGUGCGCGAGAGGAGUCGCAGGAACCCACUCCGAACUACGGUGAGACGGCGGCUACUGGGACAAGUGAUGCGCCUUGCACGGGAGAUUCACCAGCAUUCUCGUUGGUCAUGUGGCGCAGAGGUACGCAUCAUCGUGACUGUGUGCCUCUAGGCUUUACCAGCUCCAAAUCCACGGAUCAUCCAGGAUGCAAGUUCACUCAGGAGUUAGAUGGCUCGGCACUUCCGCUUUUUUCGGUCUACGCCAUGACCGGACAUCGCUCUCGUCCGCUCCAGUUGACUGCUCCAUUCUCGAAUACGGUGGAUCGGGGUUCAGUUGUUUCUCUUGCCGGUGGAGUAGACAACACGAUUCGGUUUUGGAAGUGUUUCAGCCCUAGGAGUGAGGCGGUGAAUUGGGAGCAGCGGAACCGCGCGUCGAUCAGGACUGCCGUCACUGACGAGGAGGUGGAGGGGAUGACGGCCAUGCCACUGAGAUGA